AGUGCUUCAGUAGGAGUGGAAACCUGAAUUUACAUCAUCAGACUCACACAGGAGAGAAACCAUUUAAAUGCAUGGAGUGUGGGAAGAGCUUCAGUCGGAGUGGACACCUUAGAAUUCAUCAACGGACUCACACAAUGGAGACAUCAUUUAAAUGCAUAGAGUGUGGGAAGGGCUUCAGUCGGAGUGGAGACCUUAGAAUUCAUCAACGGACUCACACGGGGGAGAAACCAUGUAAAUGCAUGGAGUGUGGAAAGAGCUUCACUGUCAGUGGAAGUCUUAGAAUUCAUCAACGGAGUCACACGGGGGAGAAACCAUUUAAAUGCAUGGAGUGUGGAAAGAGCUUCAGUCAAAAUAUUCACCUUAGAAUUCAUCAACGGACUCACACAGGUGAGAAACCAUGUAAAUGCAUGGAGUGUGGAAAGAGCUUCACUGACACUGGAAAACUUAGAAUUCAUCAACGGACUCACACGGGGGAGAAACCAUUUAAAUGUAUGGAGUGUGGGAAGAGCUUCAGUCGGAGUGAACACCUUAGAAUUCAUCAACGGACUCACACAGGUGAGAAACCAUGUAAAUGCAUGGAGUGUGGAAAGUGCUUCCGUCAUAGUGGACGCCUUAGAAUUCAUCAACGGACUCACACAGGUGAGAAACCAUGUAAAUGCAUGGAGUGUGGAAAGAGCUUCACUGACAGUGGAAGCCUUAGAAUUCAUCAACGGAGUCACACUGGGGAGAAACCAUUUAAAUGCAUGGAGUGUGGAAAGAGCUUCACUGUGAGUGGAAGUCUUAGAAUUCAUCAACGGAGUCACACUGGGGAGAAACCGUUUAAAUGCAUGGAGUGUGGAAAGAGCUUCAGUCAAAAUAUUCACCUUAGAAUUCAUCAACGGACUCACACAGGUGAGAAACCAUGUAAAUGCAUGGACUGUGGAAAGAGCUUCAGUCAAGAUAUUCACCUUAGAAUUCAUCAACGGACUCACACGGGGGAGAAACCAGUUAAAUGCAUAGAGUGUGGAAAGAGCUUCAGUGGGAGUGGAAGCCUUAGAAUUCAUCGACGGACUCACACGGGGGAAAAACCAUUUAAAUGCAUGGAGUGUGGAAAGAGCUUCAGUCGGAGUGGAAGCCUGAGAAUUCAUCAACGGACUCACACGGGGGAAAAACUAUUUAAAUGCAUGGAAUGUGGAAAGAGCUUCAGUCAUAGUGGAUACCUUAGAAUUCAUCAACGGACUCACACAGGGGAGACACCAUUUAAAUGCAUGGAGUGUGGAAAGAGCUUCAGUCGGAGUGGAAGCCUGAGAAUUCAUCAACAGACUCACACAGGGGAGACACCAUUUAAAUGCAUGGAAUGUGGAAAGAGCUUCCGCCGUAGUGGACACCUUAGAAUUCAUCAACGGACUCACACAGGUGAGACACCAUUUAAAUGCAUGGAGUGUGGAAAGAGCUUCUGUCAGAGUGGAGACCUUAGAAUUCAUCAACGGACUCACACAGGGGAGAGACCAUUUAAAUGCAUGGAGUGUGGAAAGAGCUUCUGUCAGAAUGGAGACCUUAGAAUUCAUCAACGGACUCACACAGGUGAGAAACCAUGUAAAUGCAUGGAGUGUGGAAAGAGCUUCCGUCAUAGUGGACACCUUAGAAUUCAUCAACGGACUCACACAGGUGAGACACCAUUUAAAUGCAUGGAGUGUGGAAAAAGCUUCAGUCAGAGUGGACACCUUAGAAUUCAUCAACGGACUCACACAGGGGAGGCACCAUUUCAAUGCAUGGAGUGUGGAAAGAGCUUCAGUCAGAGUGGAAACCUUAGAAUUCAUCAACGGAGUCAUACAGAUGAGAAACCAUUUCAAUGCAUGGAGUGUGGAAAGAGCUUCAGUCAGAGUGGACAUUUUAGUAUUCAUCAAAGGACUCACAGAGGGGAGAAACCAUUUAAAUGCAUAGAGUGUGGAAAGAGUUUCACUACUAGUGGAAAUCUUAAAAUUCAUCAACGGAGUCACACAGGGGAGAAACCAUUUAAAUGUAUAGAGUGUGGAAAGAGUUUCACUACUAGUGGGAAACUUAGAAUUCAUCAACGGAGUCACACAGGGGAGAAACCAUUUAAAUCUGGGAAGGGAGGACAGAAUUUGAGGGGGGGUGAAAGGAAGUAG